AUGGUGUGGAAUACUCGCCUUGGGGUUUACCACGCCAGAUACUACCGCUACCUCGAUGUAGUGAAGCAUAUCCUUGGAAGAUAUCCCUUACCAUCGGGUGUCUCCGAGAAGCUAGAUACCUGGUGGCAAGGGGAAUUCUUAGCCGAGAUGAAGAAGUGGGUUGAUGAACCGCGAAAACUCCUCUUUGCUCCUUCGUACGAUGCCGCUGUGAACGAACUGGCUACGCUUAUUACGGAAAAAGUUGAAGAUGGCAUGCAAAUGGCACAGGAUUUCAGUGCCUUCGCAAAAGGUCCGGAUCGCUCUGAGUUCUUCAACACUAGACAUCCAGCUGCACAACCAGCUACUCAACCAGCUCCUCAGCCAGCUCCUCAGCCAGCUACACAUCCAGCUACACAUCCAGGUGCGUGA